CGUGACCGGACACGAAGCGCCGCGCAGGCCACAGCGGCUAAAUAAUUCGACUCCAGCGUCCAUGCACUUGACCAUGCUUUGCUCCCAGCUCUUCAAGUGGCAACAGCAAAAAACACUCUCCGCACGAAUAUCUUGUUUAUAGGCGCUUAUGCCGCAAUUAUUCCACCUCUCCUCGCGUGUGUACAUGUGGCAAGAUAUGUUCUCCCAAUGUUUGCUUCUCUAACUUUCUCUCCUACUCUUUGUUGUUGAAGUUUAUAAAAAGCGAGGGAACCGCAGGGGAGGGCGGGUCCUCCGCUCAGCAGUCGCCGCGUUGAACCGGAUUCGUGUGGAUGCAGUGUGUGUGUGCUCGUCGCUGGGUGAUUGUGAGUGGUAAGCGAGACAAUUGAAACAUGGAGAAGAUGCGGUCCGACUUGGAGCAAGCGCGCGAGGAAUUGUGCCGAUCGAACCUUCUCGUAUCGGAGCUGCGCGCGGAAUUGGACUCGAAAGAUGCCGUCAUUCGAGACCUGCAGUUGCAACUGGAGAAGUUUCGUGUUGUGAUGAAGCCCAUGACGGAACAGGUGAAGCAGAACCUGUUACUGUGGUCGCGUCAGACGUCGUUGUGUCCCACGGAGUCUGACGAGCCUCUGGCAGCGCAGCGGCCCAAGAGGCUGGCCAUAUCUGCGGAGCCCGUAGAUCUGCUUCUGGGGACGGUGAAGAUCAAGGAAGUGGCCAAGAGUGAUACGUGAGUGAAAUAUGCAUGGCGGU